AUGCAAGGCCCAUCCCAAUCCAGCAUCCUCGACCUCAGAGCCAUCACAGCAGAGCACGCAGAUCGGUUCUCGAAAGAAGGCAAGACAGCGACCAAAGGCGUCAAGCGGCCGCACAAGACUGACCCCUUUGACCGACCAAAUCCUGGGCUCGUCAAGCGACUCGCAGCGGAGGCUCGGAAUGACGCCAAGCGGAGAAACUUUGGCAAUGAUGCUGGACCCAGCGACGAGCAGCGGCGGCUCAUCAUGGAGGAGAAAGCGAGGAAAUAUGACGCUCUAUCGAGAGGGGAUUAUUCGGGAUUGACCGAGAGGGAAAGGGCUGAGGCUGUCAUCGAUUUUGACAAGAAGCGAGAGGAGGAGUCAGAUGAUUCGGACGAGGAGUCCGACGACGACGAUGAGAAGGUGGAAUACGUGGACGAGCUCGGCCGAACUCGGUGGGGUACCAAGGCAGAAGCCGAGGCGGCAAAUCCUGCCCCUCCUGAGAACUCAUCCUACGCCGACGUCAUGCGUUCCAAAGUGAUACAUGGCGAUCAAAACUUCUUUCCCGUCUACGAGCCUGACCCCAAUGUCUUACGGGCGAAGUAUCUCGAGGCCGAGGAGGAAUCCAGGCAGAAGCACUAUGAUGCUAGCAAAGAAGUCCGCACGAAAGCCGCCGGGCAAUACCAAUUUUCGCUGGACGAGGAGACGCGCGCUCGGCAGAUGGAGGAGCUCAAGGCGGGACGACUGGAAACGGAGCGCGCAAGAGAGAGGAUACAAAGUGUGCUAGAGCAGAGAAAUCAAAAGCUCGAGGCGAGGCGGCAGCUGGUGGAGGCAAAGCGGGUGGAACUGGCGGGCGGCGUGGAGGCGCUGGAGGCGAUACGGGCAAAGCAGAGAGAGGCGGCUGCGGAUAGCUUUCUGGAUGCCCUCGAGGAAGAGAUCGGGAAGGGCAAGGGGACUGCAUAA